CUCGACCCGUCCCGUGCUCACUUGUUUCUGGAGUGUUGUGACUUCUGUUCACCAUGCCCGAGCCAGCCAAGUCCGCUCCAGCCCCGAAGAAGGGCUCCAAGAAGGCGGUGGCCAAGGCGCAGAAGAAGGACGGCAAGAAGCGCAAGCGCAGCCGCAAGGAGAGCUACUCGGUGUACGUGUACAAGGUGCUGAAGCAGGUCCACCCGGACACCGGCAUCUCGUCCAAGGCCAUGGGCAUCAUGAACUCGUUCGUCAACGACAUCUUCGAGCGCAUCGCGGGCGAGGCGUCGCGCCUGGCGCACUACAACAAGCGCUCGACCAUCACGUCCCGGGAGAUCCAGACGGCCGUGCGCCUGCUGCUGCCCGGGGAGCUGGCCAAGCACGCCGUGUCCGAGGGCACCAAGGCCGUCACCAAGUAUACCAGCUCCAAGUAAGCAAGUCCGCCAACUACCCACGAC